AACCCAAGGCCUACUGCGAUCAAUUAGAUUUAGAGGAUCGGGAGUUAGGGUUUCUUUCGCACCGCUGCGUCAGAGUCUUGCGCCACCACGCUCGCAACCGCCACCGCCACCGCCACCGGCCAAAGAAUUCACAACCCCAGGUUUGUGUCGAGCUAUUAUCUGUAAUAAUAUUAAUCUCAUGGAUGAGAAAGCCAAGAAAAAGGGGGGAAAAGAUGUUGAAGUAAUGAAUAGUAAUAUUCCUGAUGGUAAGGAAGUGCAGUUCUUGGAUGACAACCAAGAAAGAAAGAUGAAGAAAAGAAAAAAAUAUGAUUCUUCAUUAGAUGGAAUGCAAGAAUCGGACUUUUCAAAACCAAGCAAAAAAAUGAGAAAGGUUAAUGGGUUAAAAAACAAUAAAGGUGAAGAUGAUGACCAACACAAGCAGAUAAAGAAAUCAGGUGGUGAAAGCCAACACAAGGAUUACAAUGAAGAUAAAGAUGGCAGCCACUACGAGAAGAAGAAAAAGAAAUCAAGUAAGGAAAGCAAAAGUCAGGUGUAUAAUGAGUUUGAAAGCAAAGAAGGUGGAGAUGAUGAUCAAGGUAAGCAUAUCAAGAAGAUAAAGAAAUCAGGUGAUGAAAGCCAACACAAGGAUUACAAUGAAGAUAAAAAUGACAGCCAUUACAAAAAGAAGAAGAAAAAGACAUCGAGUAAAGAAAGCAAAAGUCAGGCGUAUGGUGAGUUUGAAAGCAAAGAAGGUGAUCAACCUUCAGCUAGAGUCAAGUCAAUUGUCACUGAAGUUGAGGACCAAAGCAAGACAGAGACAAAGAAGAAAGCUAAGGCAGAUACCAGCGAAUCUCCUAACCCUGGUCACUCUGGAUCAUCCAAACCCAAAAGAGCAACUUUUUCUGAUCAAGUGGAUGUUUGUUGUGAUGGCUUAGUGCGUGGGAAAAGUCAGGCAUGUAAUGAGUUUGAAAGAAAUGAAGGUGGAGAUGGUGAUCAAGGUAAGAAGAUGAAGAAGAAGAAAUCUGGUGAAGAUAGCCAACAUGUGGAUUACGAUGAAUUUAAAAGCAAUGAAGCUAAAAAUGAUGGGCAACACAAGAAGGAAGAGAAGAGAAAGAAGAAAAAAUUGAGUGAAGAAAGCAAAAGCAAGUAUAAUGAGUUUAAAAGCAAUGAAGAUGAUGGCCAAGGUAAGAAGAUGAAGAAGAAGAAGCUGCAUGACAAAAGCAAAAAUAAGGAGAAUAGUGAGUUAAAUAGCAAUGAAGGUGAUCAACCUUCAGCUAGAGUCAAGUCAAUUGUCACUGAAGUUGAUGACCAAAGCAAGACAGAGACAAAGAAGAAAGCUAAGGCAGAUACCAGUGAAUCUCCUAACCCUGGUCACUCUGGAUCAUCCAAACCCAAACGAGUAACUUUUUCUGAUCAAGUGGAUGUUUGUUGUGAUGGCUUAGUGCGUGGGAAAAGGUUUACACCUGAAGAAGAUAAGAGGAUUGAAUUGGCUGUUUUUGACUAUAUAGAGUCUCAUGGUUUGGGAGAUGAAGGUCUAGAUAUGGUUCUCAAUUGCAUACAUUAUCCUGCAGUUAGAGAUUGUUGGAAGGAAAUUGGGUUAGCCUUACCUGAGAGGCCUCAACUUAGCGUGUAUAAUCGAGCUCAUGUUUUGUUUGAAAGAAGUGAGAAGCGUGGGUGGACACCUGAGGAGUUAGAAUUUUUACGGAAGAUGAAGGAACAACAUGGAUCCGAUUGGAAAUCAGUAGCUGUAGCAUUGGGAAAACAUCGAUUUCAUGUGAAGGAUGCAUGGCGUAGAAUAAAAUCAGCCGAUGCAAACAAAGGACGAUGGAUCCAAGAGGAGUAUCAAAAAUUAUUUGAUUUAGUAAACGUGGAUCUACGUGGGAGAGCUUCACAGGUUCAUAGAAAAACAAAACAUGGUAUGUUGCGAGAUAAUAUUGGUUGGGAGGCAAUUGGUGACAAAUUCACUAGAAGCAGUUCAAGUUGCUGCGAAAAGUGGUAUAACAAAUUAACAUCACCUAUGGUUGCUCAUGGUGUAUGGAGUGAUACUGAUGACUAUCGCCUCGUAAAUGCUUUAUUUACUUUGGAUGCUUGCUGCAUGGAGGAGGUAGAUUGGGACAAUCUGAUUGAGAAUAGGUCUGGUGAUGUUUGUAGAAAACGUUGGAACCAAAUGGUUCAAUGCAUUGGAGAGCAUGGUGGGAAGUCAUUUGCUGAGCAGAUUGAAAUUCUUGCAAAAAGAUUUUGCCCCGAUUUAUUGGAAGUAAGAGAGGCCUUUGAUGCAAUACCUGUGAGUUGUUGAGGUUAUUAUCCUAUAGGAUGGAGUGGUUCUACGAACUUGGAAUGUAUUAGUUUAUGAUUAUCUGUUCUUGUGGACAUAUUUUAAAUUGGAUUCUGCAUUGCAGUUUGGUGUAGUGUUUUCUUAUGAUGAAUUUUAUCCGUUCUUUUGUCCAGUUAAGUCCUAGUUUGAAAAUGUUUUUGAUUGAAGUUAUAGAGUAAAUUAAAGUUUGAUGUCAAUUAGUAGUUA